AUGUCUCCUCCGCAAGAUCCCAGCCGGCCGGGCAGUACUGAUUCCCCUCUCCCUCUGACCACUCCUCCAGCCUCGACCGACCGUGGUCUCACUCCGCCUUCGCCGCACCCGCGCCGGAAGCCGGACAGGUCGUGUGUGCUCUGCCACCGGAGGAAGAUCCGAUGUGACAGACAGACACCAUGCUUGGCAUGCGUGAGGGCUCGCCUCACGUGCACAUAUCCGGCUUCUGACAAGCCUGUCCGUCGAGUUCGCAAGGCUACGAUUGCGGAUGUUGCCUCGAGGAUAUCGGACCUUGAGAAAACCAUCGUGGCGGCAUCGUCCAUCGAUCAAGGAAAUGCAACGAGGAGGUCAUUGCCGCCACAUGCUCAUGUCUCUGUGCCGGGAGGCUUGCCGGCGAGCUUACCGGUGAGCCCGCAUGAGUCUCCUCAGGAACCUGGAGAAAUCCCUUCGGAGGAGGUUUUGAUUAGAAACGGCACCUCAAGCCAGUACUUUAAUGAACUUCUCAUCUCCAAAGUCAUUGAAGAGGAUCAAGAUAAAUCAUCGCUGCUACAUACACCGUACAGUGAGACUAGGGAACAGGAUCUUGACUCACCCUUCAGUCUUAUGGGCUUGCUGUCAAGUCCUGCCGUAUAUGAUGACAAGGAGAGAGGCUGGCGGUUAUCACGGUUAAGUGCCACGCAAUUGUGGCACAUAUUUGUACAAAAUGUCGAUGCCACUAUCAAAAUAUUGCACAUUCCGACAGAUGAGGUCACUAUUUUCACCGCCAUCCAUCAACCGGAAUCGGUAUCCAGUGAUGUCUUGGCGAUGGUCAACGCCGUGUACUUUGCGACUACGUUAACCUUGGAGCCGGAGGAAGCUCAGCACAUUCUGGGUGUUGACAAGCCAAAUGCCUUGCGAACAUUCAAAAGGGAGUUUCAGAUGCACUUGGCAGGGGCAGAUAUGCUGGAGAACCCAACAGUCGUGCUCCUGCAAGGGCUGGCCAUAUAUCUGGCAUCAUCGCGGGCUUAUUAUCACGGAAGAGGCAUCUGGAUUUUAAACGGUCUUGCUUUGAGAAUGGCGCAUUCCAUUGGCCUUCACCGAGAUGGAACUAAGCUGGGAAUGUCGCCAUUCGAGUCCGAAGUCCGAAGGCGACUGUGGUGGCAUUUUCUGGCCAGAGAUGGAAGAGCUGCUGAGGAUCACGGUAUUGAUUCAUGGUCGACAGUUCCGGGCUACGAUACCAAAAUGCCACUGAACGUUGACGAUAACGAGCUUCGUCCGGAUAUGAAAGAGCUUCCACCUCCUCACGGUGGAUGGACUAAAAUGAGUCUUCCGCUGACAUGCAUGGAAGUGGCCCAGACCUUGCAGAACAUGGCCAAUCUCUCCAUGACGCCAUCAGGAACAACACCUAAGGAGAGAAUGACGAUGAAAACGGCCCUCGCCAUGGUGCAUAAGAUCGACUUUGUUACAAGACAGCAGCUUGCCAUCUUGGAGAACCCCGAUAAGCGCAACGCAUUUGCUACGGAAGCAAACCUACUUUCUGCACUAAGGUGUCUCGAAAUUCACCUCGAGCUCUGGGGAGACGAGCUCCUUGGUCCCUAUAGAUGGUGCAUGUAUGGUCAUCCGCAGUAUCACAUGCUACUCUACGUCCUCUGGCACCUGUGUGUUUGCCCGACUGGUCCUACUGUUGAGCGAGCUUGGGCUGUUGUGGAAAAGAUGUUUGAGUUGGAACAAGUCAGGCUUUCUACGGCCGUGUCUAACCCGGCGCUGAAAUCCGUCAUCUUGAAGAGACUGCACAAGAAGGCUGAAAUGACCAGACAGUCAUUGAUCAACGGAAACGACAGGACAAGCUCCGCAUCUAAAAUGGACGAAGUUCCCGGUGACGAAGAGAUGCAGAAUCCUCCACAGGAAGUGGUCAUGGAUGUUCGUCGUUUCGACGGAGAGAACGUGGAUUGGAGUAACCUAAUGCAGAAUAAUAUGCCCGAUUGGAACACGUUGGUUGAGGAUUUGCAUUUAGAUUUGCAUGAUUUUUCCAGUUAUUUUUAG